ACAGUGAGCGGGACUGGAAACUAGGAAGAGUCUGGGAAUUAAGAAGAGGGAGAGAACGGGAGACUGGGAAUUAUGAAGAGAAAGAGGGAGGCAGGGACUGGGAAUUAAGAGGGAGAGAGAGGGAGACUGGGAAUUAAGAAGAGGGACAGAAAGAUGGAAGGACUGGGAAUUGAGAAAAUGGAGAGAGGGAGGGGCUGGGAAUUAAGAAGAGGGUGAGAGAGGGAGGGAAUGGGAAUUAUGAGGAGGGAGAGAUGGACUGGGAAUUAAGGAGUGAGAGGGGGCUGGGAAGGAGAGAAAGUGACUGGGAAUUAUGAAGAGGGAGAGACGGACUGGGAAUUAGGGAGAGAGAAAGAGGAACUGGGAAUUAGGAAGAGAGAAAAUGGUACUGGGAAUUAGGAAGAGAGGAGCUGGGGAUUAGGAAGAGGGAGAGAGAGAGAAAGAGAGAGAGAUGAUCUGGGAAUUACCAAGGGUAAUAGAGAGAAAGAGAGAGAGAGAGAGAGGAUCUGGGAAUUAUGAAGAGAGAGAGAGAGAGAGAGAGAGAGAGAGACACCGGGAGUAAGGAAGAGGGGAAGCAGGGCACGAAGCUUCAUUAAUUCUUGCUGGAAGGGCUGGAGGCAGCUUCAGUGCCAGGAACACCCUGCUCGCUGUGUGACGGUGCACGGCAGCGAGACUCUCCUUCGGCGAUAGAGACACUCCCCACAGUCUGCCUGCCUGGGACUGUUACAGUUAACCUGAUGCCAUAUUCCACUCCCUGAAUGACUAUCAGGGGGCAAAGGCUAUUGGAACAAUGCCGAGUCUCCUGCGCUCCAAGUUGGACCACGGUCAGGGACGGUCCUAAUCGGCAUCUCCCUGUCAAGAUGGGGAGCUGGGAAUGCUUGAGCCCAGCCGAGUUCAACCAGCUGCAGCAGUACAGCGAAUAUUCCACAAAGAACCUAAAAGAUGUGCUGGAGGAGUUUCAUGGAGAUGGUGUUCUUGCCAAAUACAACCCCGAGCAGAUGCAAGAUGUUCUCAACCAACCCAUCGACUAUGAAGGCUUCCAGCUCUUCAUGGCCACGUACCUUGAGAAUGACAUCCCUGAGGAAUUGUGCCGGCACCUCUUCACUUCCUUCAAGAGCAAGACAGGAACAGCCCCAUUUGAGGCUCCUCCUGCACGGGUCCUGGAGUCCAAGACGAUCGAUGCUGGCAUCUCCAUACAGACUGAAGUGGCCUGCGCUGCUGUUACAGGAAUGAAUGGAAAGAGCAUUCUAGCUGCCAUGGGCCGUCACGUGUCUGAACAGGCAGCUAUCGUGGCAAUGGGUCCAGCACCUGCCACCUCCCAACCCUGUGGCACAGACACCCCCUUCUGGUCACCCAGCUGCCGAAACAAAUCCCCAGGGGCUGAGAAAAACAUCCCAACGGCUUCUAAGUUCAAUGGCACCACAUCCCUCCUGAUGCCAGAACAGAGCCAGACGGAAAAGCCCCCGUCCCAGAGCGGGAGCCCUUCGUCACAAAAGGACACCACUGUGUCCGCACCCCAGGUGGUCUUCCUGAAGGACAUUGUGUGCUACCUGUCCUUGCUGGAGAGAGGGACACCAGAAGACAAACUGGAGUUCAUGUUCCGGCUCUACGACACGGACGGCAAUGGUCUGCUUGACAGCUCAGAGCUGGAUCGCAUCAUCAACCAGAUGGUCCAUGUGGCAGAAUACCUGGAGUGGGACUCCACUGAGCUGCGGCCGAUCCUGAAGGAAAUGAUGGAGGAGAUUGACUACGACCAUGAUGGGACCGUGACGCUGGAGGAGUGGAUCAGAGGAGGCAUGACCACCAUCCCAUUGCUGGUGUUGCUUGGAAUGGAGACAAACAUGCAGGAGGAUGGUCAGCAUGUAUGGAGACUCAAGCACUUCAACAAGCCAGCAUACUGUAACUACUGCCACACCAUGCUGCUGGGGGUGCGCAAGCAGGGCCUCAGCUGCUCCUUAUGCAAGUACACGGUCCAUGAGCGCUGUGUUUCCAAGGACAUCGCUGCCUGCAUCAGCACCUAUGCCAAGUCCCGCCGGGAUACAAGCGUGAUGCAGCACGUGUGGAUGGAAGGCAACUCAGCCACCAAAUGUGACCGCUGCCACCGGAGCAUCAAGUGUUAUCAGGGCCUGACCGGUCUGCACUGUGUGUGGUGCCACAUCACUCUCCACAACCGGUGUGCGUCAAGCGUGAAGCUGGAGUGUGACGGGGGGACGCUGAGGGACCACACCCUGCUACCUUCCUAUAUCUGUCCUGUGGUGCUGGAGCGCCAUUCUGGCAUGAAGCGCCCUGAAGGAGAGUCUCCACCCAGCAUGAGCCCUGAGGACCUCAGCCAGAACUUUAAGUUCACUGGAGAUGGACAAGGACUUCAGAUCACCCCACUGCAAGGAACACACCCUCUCCUAGUCCUGGUUAAUCCAAAGAGUGGCGGUAGGCAGGGUAAGAGGGUGUUGCGCAAAUUUCAGUACCUUCUGAACCCAAGACAGGUCUACAGUCUGGAUCGAGCUGGACCUACUGCAGGACUGAACUUCUUCCAUGAUGUGCCUGACUUCAGAGUUCUGGCAUGUGGAGGUGACGGGACCGUGGGCUGGAUCUUGGACUGCAUUGACAAGGCCAACCUUGGCAGGCAUCCACCAGUCGCAAUCCUGCCCCUGGGCACCGGGAACGACCUGGCGCGCUGCCUGCGCUGGGGUGGAGGGUACGAGGGUAGCAGCCUGCUCAAAGUCCUGAGGGAUAUCGAGUACAGCACAGAGGUACUGUUGGACCGCUGGAACAUUGACAUUGUCCCCAGCAAUAAGGAGGAAAAAGGUGACCCUGUUCCCUAUAGCAUCGUCAACAACUACUUCUCCAUUGGAGUGGACGCCUCCAUUGCUCACCGGUUCCACCUGAUGAGGGAGAAGCACCCGGAGAAGUUUAACAGCAGGAUGAAGAACAAACUCUGGUAUUUUGAGUUUGGCACCACAGAGACCAUCUCAGCCACAUGCAAGAAGCUGAAUGAGAGUCUGGAGGUAGAGUGUGACGGCAUCCUUCUUGACCUCAGCAGCACAUCGCUGGAGGGGAUCGCAGUCCUCAACAUUCCCAGCAUGCACGGCGGCUCCAACCUUUGGGGUGAGACCAAGAGGAGGAGGAACUACAGCCGCAUGAGCAAAAAGGUGCCAGAAAGGGCGCCGGUGAAUACUGUGACUGACGCCAAAGAGCUCAAGUUCUGCGUCCAAGAUCUGAGUGACCACCUGCUGGAGGUGGUGGGGCUGGAGGGAGCGAUCGAGAUGGGUCAGAUCUACACCGGGCUGAAGAGCGCUGGCCGCAGGCUGGCUCAGUGCACCAGCGUCGUCAUCAGGACGUCCCGCCUGAUGCCCAUGCAGAUCGACGGUGAGCCAUGGAUGCAGCCCCCCUGUACGAUACAGAUCACGCACAGGAACCAAGUGCCAAUGCUGUUGGGCCCCCCGCAAAAGACCCCCUUCUUCUUCUUCAGGAGGCGUAACAGAAGUCGAGACUAGCGGAAGGACUGCCAAGGACGGCCCUGCCUAACAGGCCCAGAGAAUGAUCGAUGCAGGCCCGUACUGCAGGGUACUUUGGGUUUGCCAAACUCGGCGUCUGGGCAGUCUAGCUGCCAAGGCAUGGCAUGGAAAGUGACACAGAGAUAUACUAUAGACAACCCCUCCAGCAAUGUUUCCUCUAAACCCCCCCGAGAGGUGUGCCUCUCACACCGUAACCCUAACCACCAGUCUCCAAAGCUCCCUGCGUAUUUGUGGGCUCAAAUCCCUUUGACCACUGCAGACCCACUAGUGAAGCUGUUCCUCUUCUCAGCUACCCCUGCCUACAGCUUCCACACUUCCUAGGCAACAUAUCAUGCCCUUUCAGAUCCACAAUCAUUACCCAGGGUUGGUUUAUAAAUAAAUGCUGCCAUUGCCAUAUUUAACCAGAUGGGCGAGCCAUCUAAUGGUGGCAGUAUGCAUAGUGGUAACGAAGUGAUUUCCCCUCUUUGUAUCCUUUGUUUUGCUUGUGAAAGGAACAUACAUGUACGUAUAUCAGUGUUCCUCAAACUAAUCCUCAGGGACCCCAGGCAGGGAGCUGGGGGGAGCAAAAAUGAGGACUGUCUGGCAAGGAGAUGGGAGGGAACAAAAGCAGGGACCAUCUGGGGCUUCCCAAGCGACCGGGUUGGGAAACACUGACAUAUAUCAACAUGCAUGUUAAGAGCUAAGAUUUGUCUAAUGAGACAAGUGAGUGUGGUUUGAAGGGUACCAUAAAUAAUAGAUGAAAGGAUACAAAACAUCCACUUUAGUCAUCCUUUACAGCUCCAGAACCAUCCAAAGCUCAUCUAUAAUGGAGGAUUUCUUUGCAGGAUAGUGGGCAGAUGGGAAUAUGAGCAUGGAAACAGGCCACAGGAUCGGUAUGUGCUGGCAGAAAUCAUACCCUUUGUUGCCUUGCUUCACCAGAUGGGGCGCCGCUGAGAAUAACUUUUUUAUCUAAAAAUGAAUGGAUGUGAUCAAGAUGGAGAGGGUGGUCACACAUCUUCCCUAGGUGCAGCUUUUGCAUUCGAGCAUAACCCCAGAACACAACACUGGCCCUCCGAUGAUGUUUCCUUCACCAAGCAGGAGGGAGGCUCCCGUUGCCCAUGGAGCAGGCCACCCCUCGAUAUCUCCUGGACAAUGUGGACCCAGCUUUAGGGCAGUGGUGGGGACUCGUUGCUGGUCACCUGAGCCAGCAGUGCACAGUGCAAACACUCAUCACUGGAGCAUGUGGACACAGAGCUUUAGGGCAGCAGUGAGAAUUUGUCACUGACCACCUGAGCCAGCAACACAUAGUGCAAACACUCAUUACUGGUGCUCCAAUACCACAGAGAGAGGUUCACAGAAGUGUCCCAUGGGCCUCACUUCAGAGCAACCAGUACUGCAAAAGACAGCUCCCCGGAGGUAGCAGAGAAGGAUACUCAGUGUAUCUCUCUGAUUGGGGGAUACUCAGUGUACCUCUCUGAUUGGGGAUACUCAGUGUACCUCUCUGAUUGGGGACACUCAGUGUAACCUCUCUGAUUGGGGAUACUCAGUGUACCUCUCUGAUUGGGGAUACUCAGUGUAACCUCUUUGAUUGGGGAUACUCAGUGUAACCUCUCUGAUUGGGGAUACUCAGUGUACCUCUCUGAUUGGGGAUACUCAGUGUACCUCUCUGAUUGGGGAUACUCAGUGUAACCUCUCUGAUUUGGGAUACUCAGUGUACCUCUCUGAUUUGAACUGUUUGUCGCACACAGCAUUGUAAAAAGUUCUGGGAAACAAUCCAAUCAAACAAUGCAAACUAUUACCCUGUGCCUCUGUGGUCCUGUCUACAGCAAUAGUGUAGCCAGGAUCUACUUUGAAUGUGGUAUUUUGGUAUGUAACUGUAUUUUAUUGUCUGUAUUUACCAUGUCAAACAUCGGCUUACAAAGUUUGGUCUACAUUUAACAGUGCAAAAUGGCAUUCUGUAGAUGGGAAAGAUCAGUGGAGUACUGUAAAUAUUACAGCUGAUUUUGGUUUUAUCUAAAAUUUCAGUACAUGGUCCAGUCUAGAAUUAGGCUAGCUGAAGUAUCCCAAAGCUUUCAGUGAAGUUGUAAAUGUUACAAAUCUAUAAACUUGACAGGACAUACUUUAAAAAUAGUUUAACUUUACUGUAUGUGAGUAGAAUUCCAGAAAUGGUUACGAAAUAUAUAUUUCUCUAUUUAUUGAACUGCUCAAUAGUAGCAGUAAGGAUUUUCGGUGUCCUGAUGUAGCUUCAGUUCAGGUACAUGUACACAGUGUUUUUAUAGGUGCAGUGUAUGUGAUUGUAUUUCUUGAUGCAUCUUUACUGUAAGUUACUACAUUCCAGAUCGAUGCAUUUGCUGACCAAUCAGUGCCAGCUGAUAGUCUGUCUCCCAAAGUCCCUCUUUAUGGUACAUUGAUGUAUCGAGAGAAGUCACUCUCUGAGGGCUCCUGAAUCCCUUUGAGCUACGUUCAGCUGAGAGUGUCAGGCAAGCACUCUUAUGGGGAACCUGUUUUGUAACUAUGGCCAUAAAAACACACUUAGAGCCAAGGUAAUAAGUCAAGGGAGAAGUGUUGGUAACUAUGUAGAUACAUGUACAUUUUUGUGAGGUUAGAUCACUGCAUGUCUUCUGAUAAUUAGCCAAAAACAGAAGCAAAGUUUGAGCUUUCCAUCCCAUUCAUCUUGCAAAGACCUCGGGCUGCAUCUAUGUUUGCUGGGAAAUUCUCAAAGUGAUAAUAUUGGCCUCAAUUUUCUCUAUGUAUGCACUGAAUUUCCUAAUAUUUGGCAUUAUUGUCAGAAGCAUUCACUCAUUGUGGAGAACCACUAAGAAACAUGCACGUGGACACAUGAGAGAGGCCACAUGACACCCGCAGAGUGCUCUGUGACACUCCAAUAGGGGUGCCACAUGACAGCCACAGAGUGUGCUGGUCCUGUAAUUGCCUUAACUAAUCAAUACAAGAGCUGUAGCUCAGCUCAGUCAGGUGAAGCCACAUUACAUGCAAUACAAUCUGCUGGAAAAUUACCAAAAAUAAGAAAGAAAGAAAAACCUACCACUGUGUUUCCAGAAAUGACUGACACAACAUGAUGGGUGGGGACUCCGUUGAUUUGUGGUACAGGUUGGAACGAUGGAGUCCCGAUGCUGUCAUUGGUCAUCCUCCAUCAUAUGACCUCAGCAGCCACUGAGUAAACAGCCAUUAGAAGUGAAUACCUACCACAUUGUCUUUUUUAUAUGCCUGUGUCUAUGCUAAACCUGGCUGUAUUUAUGUCCACAUACUAAGUAAACCAAGAUAACCCGGCUUGCUUCUGAAAUACGGAGCUGAAGCAUUGUUAAAUGGCAGACAGACCUACCCUGGGUCCUGUCAAGUGUUCAGUCCUCCCAAAAGCCUACAGAAGCUCCACUUUUGCUCUGCUGCACUUUACUGGGCCAUGGGACAGAGAGCUAUGUAGAUGUACAUUUCAUUUGAAUGAGCAUUUCUUCCCCUUAUCAUUGUGACCUUGGUAAGGGCUGCUUCCCAGGAGCAGUGUUGCUUAUCGUAUUGUGGUGCCAUCGGCCUAUUUUUAGCAAGAGUGGAUUAAAAGUAUUGAAUGACAUCAAAGCCACAGAUGCAGUAUAGAUGCAGAGUACAUUUCAUUCUAGAUGGUGAACACCUAUGUGUGUCCACAGACUCAGUCCCAUAUGAUAGAGUACAUUUCAAUCUAGACGGUUAACAUCUAUGUGUGUCUACAGACCCAGUCCAUAUGAUAGUUUGGUGUGCAGCAGUCCAAGGACACAGGGAAGAUGAGACCCUUGGCUCGGCUCACUUUUCCUCACCAAUCUUAGCUGUUGGAUACAACAUGAUGGAGUGAAUAAAAAG